AUGCUACUCGCCUUUACUCAUCGACUGUUCAGCAUCAGCGCUUCGUUCGUGAUAAUCACCAGAAAUUGGUUUGGAAGACAUGCAUUUUUGAGGCUCCACAAUGCACUGUUGGACAUACAACAACAACAGCAACGCUGGCAACAGGAGUACCCCAUGAAAUCCAAUCAACAUAUCGAAUCGUACUUUCAUAAUUGCCUCAUAGCCAAAAGUGUAAUGACACUACUCCAAUCCGCAUCGCACAUCAGCGGUAAGCUUGGCAUCAAUCCAAAUCCAACGUUAAAUUAUGUGUUGUACAUCGUUUUAAUUUGUAUGGCAAAGAAUGUGACCCAUUUGACUGUCUUCAAUUUCUAUUUUGCACUCCUGAACGUCUGCCAGCAACUACAGCAACUCAAUUGGCAUUUCAAAGAAGUAGUGCAGGUAUGGCUCACAGCCGAAGGCGCACAAGUCGUGCACAAUGCACGUUUACUAAUACCAAUUGCAGAUCCCAGUGAUAUCGAAUUUGAAGUGAAGUAUUCAGUGAUUGAAAAUGCCCAGGAAGGGAAUGAGUGUAGAAGUGACAGAGCAACCGCAAUUGCCGAUAUGUGCCGCCAAUAUGUGCGCAUAUGCCAUUUGGCCAAAAGCGUUUAUCAGCUAUACGAGUGGCAGGUGCUGCUAUUUCUCGUCGUUAUACUGUUUGGCAAUGUAAUGUCGAUUUUUUACUUCCUCGUUUAUUUGAGUGGCAAAGUCUUGCCUAGAAAAUUGUUCUCGCCAACACUAUUCCCGCAAAUUUGUCUCAUCAAUGUACUGGAUUUGUGCUGCUUCAUGGUUAUUUGUGAACAGGCCAUGACAUCGUCCAAAGAGACGAGUUUCAUAUUGAAGGAAUUAUGCCAGUCGAAAGGAGUGCCAGCGGAAAUUGUGCAAGAUCUCGAAAUGCUUAACAUAUUUAUGGCCGGCGAAAGUACGCGCUUCCGUUUCUGUGGCUUGUUUGAGUGGAAUUUUCGUACGGGCGCCAGUUUCAUGACUGCAACGAUUUUGUAUUUGGUGGUAUUAGUGCAAUUUGAUUACGAAAAUUUAUAA